UAAAGCGGGUGAAGCAAUUCAUUGAUAUGCCUUUGGAUGUUGGUGCCCUAGAUGUGGUGAAGCGGCAAUUUGAGGAAGGUGGUAGUCGCUUCCCACAUGUUAUUGGGGUUGUGGAUGGCACACAUGUUGCUAUUCAGCCACCAAGACAUAAUGAAGAAAUUUAUAGAAACAGGAAACUGUUUCAUUCUCUGAAUGUAAUGGUUGUUUGUGGGCCAUCCCUCCAGAUCCUUUCCCUGAAUGCAAAAUUUACUGGAAGUUCACAUGAUGCAUAUGUCAUUAGACAAUCAGGGAUAUGGCAGAGAUUAAGAUCAAGUCAACGAGCAGACAUGUGGUUAUUGGGAGACCGUGGAUAUCCUUGCACCCCCUGGCUCAUGACUCCUUACCGUAAUCCCAGGCCAGGACCACAGAUGGCAUUUAACUCCGCGCUUACUGCCACUAGGCAGCUGGUGGAGCGCACAAUUGGUGUCCUUAAAGGGCGGUUUCGUGUGCUCCACCGCACUGGUGGCGACAUCAUGUAUUCGCCGGAGAUGGCAAGUAAAAUAGUGGUCCUGUGCGCAAUACUACAUAAUAUCGCGGUAAGGAGUAGUGUAGAGCUUCCUCAGGCAGAGGAAUUGCCUGAUGAGGAGCCAGGGGUUGGUCGACGCUUCGGUGGGGGGAGUGUGACACGGAGGGGGAGCCAAGUGAGGGCAAGAAUUGUUGCCGAAUAUUUCAGCUGAAUGAUCACACGAACUGUGG